GUUUUGGUUUAUAUUUGCAGUGAAUAUGAUAUGAAAUAAACAAAACAUAAUUAUGUUUUCAAAAGUGAUUCAAAUAUUAAUAAUAAUUAAUUGUUUAAACAGUUUAUGUGUUUUGUUUUGAAUGACAUUAAUAUAUGAUAAUUAAGACAAUGUUUUGCUGGAAAUCAUUACAACUGUUAUCAUCCAAAUGUCAUUCAUUUGGUCUUAUAUUAAGACCAUCGAUGUGUCCAUUAAUGCGGACGACGACGACGGCUGUCAUCGAUGAUCGUCGACGACGUCUUCUUCACACGACUUCAAUCACUUGUCAUUUGAUGGAGUUUUUCGACGACUCGAAGAAUUUUGGAGAAACUGAAGUCAAAUCAGGUCGCGAGUGGCGUAAAGACGAAUUGAGGAUCAAAAGUAACACCGAUUUGCAUAAGUUAUGGUUUGUUUUAUACAAAGAGAGAAAUAUGCUGAAGACUAUGGAAGAGGCGGCUAUUGAUGAAUACGAACCGAUGCCGAGUCCCGAACGUAUCGACAAAGUGGAGCAAAGUAUGAAAAACUUGGAAGAAGUGGUCAGAGAACGUAACAAAGCCUAUUGGGAACUGCAAGUCGGCGAAGGAACUACUGGUGAGCGGCCAAGAGUUUUCCGCAAAGAUAUAUUCGGCCGAUUGAGAUGGAUUGGUUGCUCUGAACAUCUCAUGCCAUAUAAGUUUAAUACCAAAUGGCGAUCACUGAACGCACCCGGAUUUGGUAAGGAUGUCAUAGACUUUACUCGAAGAUUACGUGAAAAGCAAAUGUUACAGAGAAAGGGACAAAUUUGGGGAACAACUCUUUAUGUGAGAAAUUUGUUGAGAAGAUUUCCCGAUAUAGACAUCGACUAUCUUCAGGAACUGUAUCCCGAUGUUAACAUAAAGAAAGAGAGGGAACAUUUGGAUGAAAAUAUCGGCAAAAUUAGGAAUUAUAGGUUUCAUUCGGCUCUCUAUAAAUCAAAACAAAAUAAGCCUUUAGAUCAUUAA